AACUCACCCAACACCAACAUAUUAAAGUUGCUAUCUCUUCCACCUUGAGCAGCAAGCAGCAGAAGAAGAAGCAAUACCAUUACCCGAGUUUUCAGGUUAGAGAAGCGCGUUUUUAAAAAAGUGCUUUCGCGUUUUCUGAAAAUUCAAGAGAGAAAGAGGGAUGGGAAUUGAGAGAGGAGGCUUCAAGGGCUUUAGGAGUGGCUGGACUGUGCCGCCGAAGCCAUGUGAUUCUUGCAAGUUGGCUUCGGCGGCGCUCUUCUGCCGCCCCGAUUCAGCGUUUCUCUGCAUCGCCUGCGAUUCCAAGAUUCACUGCGCUAAUAAGCUUGCGUCGCGCCACGAGCGCGUGUGGAUGUGCGAGGUGUGCGAGCAAGCACCUGCAUCUGUCACGUGCAAGGCAGACGCCGCCGCACUCUGCGUCACGUGCGACUCUGAUAUCCACUCGGCCAACCCUCUCGCUCGCCGCCACGAGCGUGUCCCCGUGGAGCCCUUCUUCGACUCCGCCGAAUCCAUCGUGAAAGCCUCCUCCGCCGUCGCCUCCUCCUUUAGCUUCAUGGCCCCCUCCGACGAAGGAAUUGGCUCCGACGGGUUCAACCAAGACGACUCCGAAGAAGCCGCGUGGCUCAUUCCCAACCCGAAUUUCGGAUUCAAGCUAAUGGACGCUCCGGAUACCAAGUCCAGGGAGAUUUUCUUCUCGGAAAUGGAUCCAUUUCUUGAUUUCGAUUACUCAAACUCCUUCCAGAACAACAACAACAACAACAACAAUCAUGGUGCCGGAAACGACAGCGUCGUUCCAGUUCAAAACAAACCUGCUCACGUUCUCGCUCCAGCUCCGGUGAUGAAUCAUCACUCGGAGGGUUGCUUCGACAUCGAUUUUUGCAGAUCGAAGCUAUCCUCGUUUAACUACCCAUCACAGUCUCUUAGCCAAAGCGUUUCUUCGUCUUCGCAUGAUGUUGGAGUGGUGCCAGAUGGGAACACGGUGUCGGACAUGUCGUACCCUUUCGGUCUGAACAGCUCCGAUUCGAGUGGGAUGGUGUCGGCGGUUAGCGGCCAAGGUGGGACCCAAUUGUGCGGCAUGGAUCGGGAAGCGAGGGUGCUGAGAUACAGAGAGAAGAGAAAGAACCGCAAGUUCGAGAAGACCAUUCGAUACGCUUCGCGAAAGGCUUAUGCCGAAACUCGGCCCAGGAUCAAAGGCCGGUUCGCCAAACGAACCGAAAUUGAGUCAGAGGUGGACCGCCUCUUUAGCCCUUCUGCUGCUGCUGCUGCUGCUGCUUUCCCUGGGUCUUUAUUGAUGGACCCUCCGUACGGCGUCGUCCCAACGUUUUAGUAAACAAUGGAGGAGGAGGGUGCAUGAAUCUCUCCCUCCCUCCCUCUCUCUCUCUCUCUCUCUUAGAAUAAUGAUUAAUGAAUUUGUGGGAACCGUUGAUUAUUAGGAAAAA